AUGUUCAUUUUGAUUCAUUUGAUGUUUAUUGUUGUUAUUGCUCAACAAGUGAAGGGCAAAGAAAGAAAUCAACGUGAAACAGUUAGAGAAAUUAGUGAACUUCGUCAAGAUUGGAUGAAAGAAAUUUUAAAUGUUAAUAAAGAACUUUUAGAUGUUCAGGCUGUAAUUGCUAAGGACGAGGAAUCAACGACCAAUUGUAUGACGGGCACGAGAAAAACAAAUAAAAGACAUUUAAUGUGCAUUGGCUCGAUAGUGAAUGUUCAGCACGUCUUAACUUCCGCCACCUGUAUUCAAGAAGCUACUUAUAUUAGGCAUAAUUUAAAAGCUCCACUUGUUGUGGUUGUUGGUGUAUUAAAAUCAAAACCGCAAGUGAUUAGAGUCAACAAUUAUGAAAUUCAUCCUGAACAUAUCGCGUUUCCUUACAAUUCUCAACAUUCUGUUCAUAAUAUUGCUGUCGUUAAAUUAGCCUGCAGAAUUGCAACGGAACAUUUCGCGCCGAUUGAAUUGCCAAAUGCUCCAUUUACAGAACUUUGUCCAAAUGAUAAUUGCAUGGUGGCUAUAAUUAGGAAAGUUGGGAAAACAUCAAAUGUAAUAUACGACACGUGGGCAAAGCACAUACCUUUAACCAGAAGAAAACGAGGAUUGACGGAAACGACUAUAGAAUUACAAAAUAACAACACUUUUAAAACACCACCUGCCAAUAUUGAAGAAAAAUUGAACGAAAUGUUGGUAGCACAACGUCGAGUUAAAUUAAACGCCAAGCAAGACAUAUUGCCCAAUAACAUCAACCAGACUGUAACGGGAUUUUCUAAAAUGGAAAAAUCAAUGCCAGUUAAAAUUGCAAAAGAAAAACGUAAUUUUGCCAUUUUUCAUCAACUUGCAAGUGAAUAUAGUGCAAGUUCAAUGGCUAGUGAUAAUCUUGAUGAACAUGUAUUUCAAAAUGAUUCCAAUCGAAAUAACAAAGUACGGUUAUUUUCUGUAAGAGCGAGCGAUGGAUUUCAAGGAUGUCCGCAGACGGGAUCACCUGUUAUGUUCGGAAGGGUUCAGGCUGCUUUAGUGUCAGUAUCGUGUGACGAUAGACAACCAGACACACCAUGGAAGUAUACAGAUAUUUAUUCAAAUCUCGACUGGAUAAGAAAAAUAACAGGAGUCUUGAUAAAUGAUUCAGUGAGUCGUUCACCUUCUGAUUCAGUAUUCGGUUGCACUACAUGUAUUUACAAUUUUUUCAUCGAUCUCACUGGACCCAAUGAAACACUCAAUUGUACCGAUCUCGACAUAUUAACAAACAAUAAAUUUUGCGCCUCAAAUUAUGAGAAACAAGACUAUUCACGUUCUAUAAUAUCUCAAAAAUCCAGAUACUCCAGAUUAACAGAAAAUAAUCAAAAUCAAUUAAACGAAACGAAAUCCAACAUUACAAAUCGAAAAUUUCAACAAAAUUUAAGAAAUCAAAACUUUCGAAAUUUUCUUCAAAGAAUUUUGAAGGAUAAAAAUUUGCAACAGAUGAAAAAUAAUUAUAAUCGUGAAGAAUUACCAAAAGGGGGUAAAAAUGAUAAAAAUUACCAAAUAGUAACUGGAAAAUCGAAUACUGAAAAGAAUCGAAAAUUUAUGAAAUUGAAUAAAAUGAUUGAAAAUAUGUUGAAGGAGGAAUAUUUUCAUAAAGACAAUACUAAUGAAAAAGGAAUACAAUCGGAGAGUGUUAAUAGAAAUUUUCCGAAUAAAUCAAAGAAUGGAAAUCGAUUAAAGAAACAAGUGGAAAUUGAUAAAAUUCCAAUAAAUGAAUUUGAUUAUUCAAUGAUGAAAACGAUAAAAUCACAACCGAGUAUUGAUUAUAAUCCAUUAGAGAACAAGUUCCAUAACCUCCGGAUGCUCUUGGCACGUCUCCAAAAGUCAAUGCCUGCCAAGGAAAUAAGGCAAACGUCCAUGAUUGGAAAACCAAUACGAAUCCUGCCAUACGGCAGAAUUUUUAAUCCGACAAUAUGCGUUCCAGUCUGUCGGAGAAAGCUGACAAUCAUGUCACUUGUUCGGCAGAAGCGCGAGGCGUCAAUCUUUGAUAAGGCGGAAAAAUCCGACCGGAAGAGUAAGAAAUUGCGCACCGUUAGUGCCAAUGAACUUGUGGUAGAAAAUACAGAAGAAAAAGAAGGAGGUGAAGAAAAAAAAGAUGAAAAUGCACAAAAAGAAAAUAAAGGAGAAAAUAAAAGAGAAGCUAAAGAAGAAGAAGAAGAAGAAGAUGAUGAAUACCAAGAAGAAAUUAUUGUCUUGAAUGAAACUGAAAAAAAUCUAUUGUCUUUUCUUCGAGGAAAUUCAGAUCAGAAAAUUCAUUCGAAGGUCAAAUUUAACAGGCAACAUGAAAGAAGAGAAAAGAGGGAAACACAAGAAUUGUGGAUACAAAGAGAAUUUAAUGGUUACGAUGACAUUCUUAAUUUGCAUGCAUUUAUUAUUCGCGAUGAAGAGACACAACAAUGUGGAACAGCCGCCAAUAAAAUCACAAACACACGUUACUUCAUGUGCAGUGGAGUUAUUUUAACGAAAAAAUUUAUAUUAACAACAGCGUCUUGCGUUCAAUAUGCACACAUUUUCGAACAUCACAUUAAAGCAAAUCUAUCAGUUUUGAUUGGCGCCGUGUCGAAUGAGGCUCACGUUAUAAAAGUAAAAAAAUACGAGAUGCAUCCAGAAUAUAAAAAUAAUGCCGAAUCAACAGAUUAUGCUCUUCAUAAUCUGGCCAUAAUUACAAUUGCAUGCGAUAUACCACAGGAAGUUCUCAGUCUUCCAACAUUUCCGGCUAGAUAUGAAGACGUCUCUCAUAUGUGUUGCUCAGAUACUUGUCAAAUUCUGACAAUCGUACAAACACCAACUAAUAGACACAUGAUUCAACUUAUGGAUGCCAAAUAUAUUCCACGAACAGUACACAAUGAUGAUGAUGAUGAUGUUGGAGAAAAAAAUAAUUUUGAAUUAAAGAAAAAACGUGCACCAAGUGGGAAAAAAAUUAAGAGAGAAACUAAUAUUGCGCCCGCUCCAAUUUUUCUCCUUCCUGAAGGUCCAAAAAAAGAAGAAACUACCACUGUUAAUACAGUGAUUAGUAAUGAUGCUCAAAAUGAUAACAAUAAUAAUAAGCUAAUUAAACAACUGUCAAAUUUCACAGAAGAAAUAUUAAUGGAAAAAAUAACCGAAGAAUUAUUACGAGGAUUGUUUAGAGAGAAAUAUGAUGGUAAUUUAAAUAAACCACAAACAAAUAAUACCCAAGAGAUAAUGAGAGGAUUUUUCAAGGGAAGUUUAGAUUUGGGUGAAAAUAAUAAUUCACCUUUAACUGAGGAGCAAAUGAAAGCAAUUUCAAAAUUUAUUAAAUUAAUUACUGAAAAAGCAAUGUUGCGAGUAGUGAAAAUUAUAGAUGAGGCGAAAAUUGAUAAAAUGUUCUCAUCAUCAAAAGAAGAAAAUGGUGAUUAUUUAGUUGACAAUAUUGCACAGAUUGUCAAGGAUAAUGUUCUACUUGAACUUGAAGAAAAAUUGAGUCCUAGAAAUUUAUUUAAUAAUACUUUCACGGAACCCAGUUUGAAAUACGUUCACUGUCCACCACUUGGAACACCGAUUAUUGUCAAUAAAACUUUGAUCGCAUUAAUUGCCUACACAUGUGAUGAUCUUCAAAGUUGGGUACCCUGGCAAUAUGUAAAUAUUUACAAAAAUUUGCAAUGGAUCGAAAAUACAAUUAAUGGAAGAAAAAAUCAUUUAAAAAAAUCAGAAUCAACUUUCGGUGAUAAUGAAAAUAUUCACGUAUUCGAAUCAUCAGGGGAAAAUGAUGAGAAAAUUAAUAAAUAUUCAGAAGAGGAGAAUGUACCAUUUGAUAAUAUUUCACGCAAUACAGAUAAGGAAAGAUUCAAAAAGGAGCAACAAAUUUCAAAAUUUACUGAUAAAAGUCGACGACAUCUUAAAAAUAUGAAAACAAUUUUUACCGAUUACUUAAAAAAUCAUCCAAAUUCAAUAUUUCAUAAUAUCACACAACAAUUAAAAUUCCCAACUAAACAAAAGAGCAGAGAAUCCUAAAAAGUUUUUGUGAAUUUAUUUCAAGGAGUUCAACAUCCUUUGACAUAAUCUCAAACGAAAAAGCUAAAUGUUUGUAAUACAAAAUAAAAAAGAAAUUAAAAAUAAUCUAAAUUUUGAAAAUUGUCGGACGAAUUUAAAAAUUUUCGAAAUAAUAAAUCAUUUUUAACUAUUAUUAAAAAUAAAAAUGGGAGCAAUGAUAAAAUGGGAGUGAAUAAUAGUUUAUUUCAGCCUAAGAUAAAAUGGGAGUGUAACAAUAAUGUUGCAAACGUUUUGGAAUCGUUACAAUACAUAAGAUCAAAGUUAUCGUACAGAGUGUAAAAAUUACCAUACUGAUUGUAGAUAUUGCCAUACUGAUUGUAAAUUUUACAAUACUGAUUGCAAAUAUUGCUAAUAGUUUGAGAACGUGUUAAUAUAUAUAUUGUAAAAAUUACAAUAUAGUUUGUAAAAAUUACUAUACUGAUUGCAAAUGUUACACUACUGAUUGUAAACAUUACAAAUACCAGGCUUCGCACUCACCUACCAAAACCUACAAUUUUACUACUUUCUUCAAGAUUAGUUUAUGUUUCCAAUUAAUUGGAAAUUUUUGUCAAAUUUAAUUGAAAUAAA